GCGCUAAAUCGAUUUCUGUAGUAGUGUGAGUUGGUUGUACACUUUAAGAGUUAAAGAGUCGGGAUAUAUUCUUUAAAAUAAUUUGUUUUUGUUAUUCUUUUUAUAAAAUCUCAUAAUUGUAUUAACAUUCUUUUGUAUUUAAAUAUUUCACAUUCAACGUUAGUGUUUAUUAGUUAAAAAGAGCGAGCUUUUGUUUUCUUUCACCAUGUUUCACAACGGAUUAGAAGCCGGUGCAAUUGAUGAAGCAGUGUUCUGCAAUAAUUACCCGGUUCACAAGAAUUGCAGAGAUGGGAAUGUGCAAUCUGUUAGCAGUAUACUAUCUUCACAACCCAUGCUUGCUGUAUCGGAAGAUUCUUUUCGAAAUUGGACACCUAUACAUUGGGCUGCGUAUUCUGGACAUUUGGAAUGUGUGCGUCAUGUUGCCUCAGUGGAACCCAGGACUAUCCACAUCCAGUCUUCCAAAACGUUUCAGACACCUCUUCAUACUGCAUCUGAAGGAGGGCAUCCAUUUGUAGUUCUAUGGCUUUUGCAGGCAGGCACAAACCCGAAAGUGAAAGAUAUUUUUGGGGAAACAGCCCUGCAUAAAGCGGCCAGGAUUGGCAAUGCAGAAUGUGUCAGUCUUCUAAUGGAAGUUGCUGAUAAUAUUGGUUCUCAAAAUCUGAGUGGACAAACAGCUAGUGCUUUGGCCCUGGUGAGUGGAUUUCCAGAUCUUGCUCGAUUUAUCAGCCAGCGAGAGGAAGCGUGUUUAAAUGCAUUCCAGAGUCGGCAGAUUCUCCCAAUACCUCGCAUGAGCAGAAAAAGAAUGCGAGAUGCUGUCUGUGAUGAUGAUGUCUGCAAGAGACGUCGACCAGAUGAAGUUAUAUCCUCAGAUGUAUCGGAUGCUAUGGAUUCCAUGACUACAAGUCGUUACGAACACGAUAACCUGUGCUGUGUUGAUUUUGGUUACAGAAAUAUUCUGUAUGAAGUUAUGUUGAGUGAAUAUCACGGUUGUUAAAUGUGAAUGGUUGUCAUUUCUUGUUCUCAGUGUGUUCAUAUAUGUGUGUAGCGUUGUUUCUAUGAAUUUUGUACAUUAAAAUAUUUAUAAGUUGGAA